UAUCAAAAAAAUCUAAAACAUUACAAAUACAAAGUACUCAAUUCAGUUGUGAAACCUAAAAGCUUAGACCGUUAGGAUCGGAAUUGACGGACAAAAUUAGUGGUGUUAAAAAUUUGAUAUAUAUAAUAGCAGAUUAGUUGAAAAUAGUUCAAAAUGCUUUAUGACCUAUAUUGUUAUAUAACAAAUUUGCCACGACUUCAUCUUCUGGCUUCGUCUGUGAUUUUCUAUUUCUUGUACUACCUAUUGCAGGCAGUUAAGCGUCCAAUAGUUGCCUGCUCAGAUGGUCCGUUCAAAAAGUUUUUGUUGAAAAAUAUUCCUGCACUGGAAAUGAAGUUCUGGCCUACAUUUUGGUGUGUGGAGAGUCGAGCCCAAACGGUUUUAGCUAGCUUCUUACGUGCUCAAGUUAUACCUCAUAUUAAUUAUCGAAGAGAAAUUUUAACACUCAAAGAUGGUGGUGAAGUUGCACUGGAUUGGUUAGAGGAGAAUUGUGCUGAAGGAGCACCUUGUAUCAUUAUUUUACCCGGUUUAACAGGCGAAUCUCAGGCCGAAUAUAUUAAAUGUUUGGUUUGGUCGGCAAAUAAUGAAGGAAUGCGUGUUGUAGUUUUCAAUAAUCGUGGACUAGGAGGUAUUGAACUGAAGACUCCACGUCUAUACUGCGCAGCGAACUGUGAAGAUUUAUCUGAGGUAGUGAAACAUGUCAGAAACACUGUGCCACAUUGUAAAUUGGGUGCAACAGGAAUAUCAAUGGGUGGCUUGAUUUUAGGCAACUAUCUUGCACGUAGCAGUGAAGAAGCUCGCACAUACUUACAAGCUGCUAAAAUUAUAUCAGUGCCUUGGGAUGUUCACAAAGGGAAUGCGAGUAUCGAGAAACCAAUUUUAAACAGCCUUUUAGGACGUCAUUUAGCUGGUAGCUUAUGUCGUACCCUUCGCAAAUGUGAAAUAUAUAAAAAGACUGACAUCGAUAUGGAUCGCAUUCUAUCGUGUAAAACGAUUAAAGAAUUUGAUGCAGAAUUUACCUCAAAGCAAUUUGGUUAUGCUCACGUGGAUGAUUAUUAUGAUGAUGCAACAUUGAUAAAUAAGUUGGACAAAAUAUCAGUGCCUUUAUUAUGUUUAAGUGCAGCCGAUGAUCCAUUUCAACCACUAGAAGCCAUUCCAAUUAAAGCAGCUGAAAAAUGUUCACAUGUUGCUAUUGUUGUUACUGCUCGAGGUGGUCACAUUGGAUUUCUUGAAGGUAUGUGGCCAUCUACCAAAGAUCAGUAUAUGGGGCGUCUAUUCGCUGAAUUCUUCAAGAAAACUCUUUUCGACAAGGACGGUGAAUUUGAGAGUACUACCAAAGAACUUCAGAAGAUAUAUGAAGAAUAUGAAGUACUUACAAGCUCAACUGAGAGUUUAAAUGCAUCUAUGCCAGUAAAUUUUUCAGAAAAUAGUUAAUGGAAAAAUGUUUAAAAAUUAAAUUAAGCCUUAAGUAUUUAUAAUACUUAAAGUAUUUUGAAUGAAAUGCAAUUUAACUAUAUAAUGCUGCUGAUAUCACAAUUCAAGCUUUAAUUUGGUUAGUAAAAUUAUUUAGAAUAAAUUAGAUUUAAUUAU